AUGGAUGACUGGAGCUCUACUACUCGCAUUGGAAGCAAGCACCGUGCUGGCGGUGCUGCUCCCCGUGAGACUGUCGUCAAGGGUAAGAGCGCUCUGAACGCCGCUCAGCGCCAAGGCCUUGUUAUCGGAACUGAGAAGAAGUACGCCACUGGCAAUGCUGCUUCCAAAACUGGUUCUAUUGAAGGUCAGCACCUGACCAAGGUCGACCGCAGCGACGACAUCAUCAAGCCCAAGACUGUGGGUUACCAAGUUGCAGACGCUAUCAAGAAGCGCCGUACCGAUGAGGGCUACAAGAUGACACAAAAGGAACUUGCCACCAAGUGCAACACCACCGUCACCGUUGUCCAGGAUUUCGAGAAGGGUACCGCCACCCCGGACCAGAAGGUCCUCAGUGCGAUGGAGCGUGUGCUCAACAUCAAGCUGAGAGGUUCGGACAUCGGAAAGGAGAAGUUCCCCAAGAAAAAGUAA